AUGCGUCCUUCGCCAGUCUUCUCUCUGCGUAUACGCUCUUUUGUCUCGCGACAUGACGUCGUUCCGCCGUCUGCGACAGUCCAGAAACCUAUCGAGGCGGCCUAUUACCGUGGGGGAACAUCACGAGGCGUAAUCCUACAGCCGCAAGCCUUGCCUAAAGAGCGCGCAAGAUGGCCGACCAUAUUCCGCCAGAUCAUGGGGAGUGGUGAUCCCUAUGGGCGGCAACUUGACGGCAUGGGUGCGGGCAUAUCGAGUCUGAGUAAGAUAUGUCUCGUAGAACCCUACGGGAGGAGAGUGGCUUUGCCCGAGAGAGCCACUCGAUUUCGAACAGGCUUUGGUGGUAUUGAUGCAGCUCGUAAAAGUUCGCAGGCUAUACAGGCUGCAGAGGCUCUGGAAGAGGCGGGAUUGGCCGGGGAUGAGCCAAAGUUGGACAUUGAUUACACAUUCGUCGGCUUGGGCAUUGAAGACAAUGAAGUUGACGUCGCAGGCAACUGUGGAAACAUGAGCAGUGCAAUUGGCCCUUAUGCUUAUAACGCCGGUCUUCUCCCAUCAAGGGUAUACGCCCAGGGAGACGGAGAAGUCACAGUCAAGAUACGGAACACCAACACUGGAAAGCUGCUCGACUCUACCUUCGAAGUCAUUGGAGCGCAAGCUGCUGUCGCGGGUGACUACAGCAUUGACGGCGUUACCGGAAAAGGCUCAAAGAUCAGAUUGGAUUUCAAACGUCCAUACGGCAGCAAAACUGGCAGAGUGCUACCUACUGGCAGGAGAGUGGACAACAUUGGGGGCUACAGAGUAUCGUGCAUAGAUGGCGCGAACCCAGCGAUCUUCGUCCGAGCAGACGAUGUCGGAGUGGAUGGUACUAUCCUACCCGACGACUUCAACAAUCUUCAGGAAAAGCUUGCUUUGCUUGAAAGCAUUCGCAAAGCCGCUGCCGUUGUCAUGGGUAUCGCAUCUACAGAGGAUGAGGUCCCUCGUACCGUUCCCAAGAUCGGCAUCGUAUCACAAUCAUCUGCGCACCCCGUCCUGUCAGGGAAGACUCUCAAGGCAUCACAGAUGGACAUUGUCGUACGUUUUCUCUCAGACACACAGCCUCAUCGAGCCAUUCCUUUGACUGCUGCAUUGACGACAGCCGUCGCGGCGCGCAUUCCCGGAACAGUUGUCGAGCAGAUGCUUGCUCCUGAGCCUUUGAUGGAGGGCGCCAUCACCAUAGGUCACGCAAGUGGUCGACUGCAGGUCAACGCCACAAUGGAUCCAAGGAACAAGCUCAUCCCCGCCAGUGGUACGGUAUACAGAACCGCGAAGAGGCUGCUCGAAGGAAAUGUAUUCUGGGCCGACAAAUUUGGGGAGACGGAACUGAGGGAAGACACUACUGAAACCAAUACCACCUAUGGUAGUAACGGCCGACACUCUCUUGGGCUAGCUUUCGUUCUGGAGAACCGCGGUAAAGAUUCAUCCCACCUCUUCGAAGAAGACGUCGCACGUGCAAAGCAACAAGAAUCGGACAUGGACCAAAUCAUAAGCCAACAACCGACUCUAGAGCAGAUUGAAGAAAACGAGCAGAAAGAGGAGCCCGAGGUCCCAAUCCUAGUUUACAGACCCCUCCCCGACCCGCACAGGAAGCGUCGCGAUCUGCGGGAAAUACCCAAAGAAGAAGACGCUCUCACACUCGCCAUCCAAGGUCUACACUCCGAACUCACCGGACUGCUGCACGAUGAAAAGAUCAUGGACACCACGGAACAGAACUCCAACCUUCUCGAAGCUGUCCUCAGGGCACACCGUGACAUACAAAUCAACUCCCUGAUCCAAAGGCGUUCGGCCGAGAAGGCUAGCGAGAAGGCGAAGAGAUCUAUGGUUCAGAAAAGUAGAACUCGUGCACAGAAGGUUACAGCGGGCGGGAAGUUGAGAUGGGAGCAUGUGGAAAGGGCAAUCUCCGCCCGCGUUACGGAGCAGGCAAGAAAGAGGGUGGAGAGUUGGGGGAGAACGGAGAGGACGAAUACCGAUGGUAUGGAUGAACAUAUGGGGGAGAGAGUGGAAAGGAACAUGACGCUCCAAGGCGAUGGCGGUGAGCAGCAGAAGAUGGAGAGAUCGGUGAAAGAAGACAUGGAGGAAUGGAUGAUGAAAAAAAAAGACGAGGAGCAGAAAAGGUCGUUUAGGGAAGACAUGGAGAUAUGGAAGAGGAACGCCCAAGAAAAGAAGGAGAGGAUGGAGAAGAGGGAGAGAGAUAUGAUGAGAGAUGACAUGGAGGAAUGGGAGAGGAGCCAAGAAGAAGAGGAGGAGGAGGAGGAGGAGAGAAGGAUAAGGAGAGAAGCCUUGGACGAAAUCCCGAGCAACCGCGAAAAAGGGGACACUUCGAUGUUUAGUAAGGACCCGGAAUUUGGUGCUUUAGCGGAGAGAGAGCCGGGGAAGAGGGCUCCUAGAGAUGUAGGACCGAAGAUUAGCGUUUACCCCGUUAAGACGGCGAAAAUGAAGGCAAAGCGGAUGAAAGCUUUAUACCGUAAGCCGAGGUCGUGGAAUUCGAGAUGA